GUUCAAGUUGCAGAAGCUAUGGCUCUAGAUGUGACUGGCCUUAAGGCCUUAGGAUUAGCAGGAUGGCGUAAGCUGAACACAGAAGUUUCCGGCUUGCAUCCAGCGCUUUGGUUCACCCCCGACACUCUUCCCGUUGUCGGGUUAGAUGUCGUGGAUGUACAGGACAUUUUGUUUGCCUUGCGGGCGGCGGAUGGGCAUGGGCGCGGCAUUGCGGAGUCAUGGCUUCGUGCGUGCCAAUGCGCACAGCUUGCGCACGAUAGGAUUCUUCGCGACCUGCAGGAUGUUGACCGCAACCUAACCUUCUGGCAGCGGCAGGUGGCUGCGGGUGGCCAUUGGUCGCACUCCUCCUUCAUGCUCCUCAGUCGCGGCCCGCUCUCCUUCGCAGCCGACGUGGCGGGAGCAGCCAAGCGGCUGCAGCGCCUCACAGGCAGGCUACAGCAGCUGGCUGAGGCAGCUAUGGUGGCGG